CGCUGUAGUUUAUGUACGGUAGAUAUGAAAACGGAUUAUAUCGCGUAUAUUAUAUUGAAUUUAUAAUACAUCCCGACGUUUCGAACCCUUUACAGCGUUCGUGGUCAAUUAGUCGUCUUGCUUAACUUGCUUUUGCUUUGCCAACUGCUAACAUUGUUUAUUGUUCUGUGUUCGCGUUAUUGGAAAAUAAUUUGUAAUUAAUCAAUUCGAAAUAAAAAUACAUUUCGGGAUAUUAUAUCAAUUCAUAUUAAAAUGCCAACAAACACUUCAAUGCCAUGUAUUGCUUUAGAAAACGGAUUGGAUUUGAGACAACUCUGUACAACAGGUUCAGACCUUCACAUAAAUAACGAUUUAGAAGAGGGUGACGGUUUCGAGACUGAGAGAGAAGAUGCUAGAACUUUUGACCAUAUUGGGCAACCUGUAAAGUGUGUGAAAACCUUAGAGCAGCAAUUGACUCCUGUGGAUUCGGAUGGAUGUGUCAAAAAGAAGAUCAUUGACCAAGGAGGUGGUUUCCCACUUCACGAGGGGUGCACAGUACAUAUAGCAUAUACUGGGUUCUGGGAAGAUGUAGAAGAACCAUUUGAUGUUCGGAAAAUGCACAAGCCAUUGGUAGUGGACUUAAAGGACAAUGACUUGUUGCCAGGCCUACAAAUUGCUGUCAACUCAAUGCUAGUUGGGGAAAUGUCAGUUUUCCUUCUAUCUUACAAAGUUAUGUUCGGGGAGUUUGGGGUCCCGCCUCGGAUUAAACCAAAAGCGGACUGUGUAUUCUACAUCAAACUCAUUAAGAGUAUUCUGACUCCUGUUGAAGGCGAUAUAAACUACACAGAGCCCAACAUGUUUAAGCGGGUUUUCACACAAGUAACAAAACUCUACAGUUCAGGUGUAACGUUACACAAAUCCAAAAAUACAGUGGCCGCAGUAAACCUUUUCAGGAAAUCAAUAGCCAUGCUGCACAAAUGUCGGUUAGCUGAUGAAGAAGAGGAGAAAAAACAAGAGAAAAUGCUGGUAAAGUUGUAUUUGAAUCUGGCUAUUUGCUCUAAUGCUUUGGAACAGCCGUUGAAGGCUUGCAUUGCUUGCAAUGAGCUCAACAGACUGGAAAACCUCUGGAACAACAGUAAAGCUCUCUUCCAAAAUGCUAAAGCUUUACGAAUGAUCGGUCAGUAUGACGCAGCAAAAAAAAGACUGCUAAGAGCACAGAAGUUAUGUCCAGAUAAAAAUGAAAUAAAAGAAGAAUUACUGUUACUCGAGAAAACUAGAACUAUAUGUGAUCAAAACAAAUUGAUAGCUAAGAAUUUCGUUCACCCGUCUCUGGAAUUAGUGAGCGAAGAUUUUAAAAAAGAGGUGGAUACUUUGAUAAAGGAUUUCAAAGAGAAUGUCAAUUUGUGCAAACUGACACUGCCGGGUGGUUUAAAUGCUGUAGAAAUAAAAUAUGUAAAGGAGGCUUGCGUAAGAGAAAACUUGUUUUGCAGUAGGAUAGAGAAGGACUUUGCGUUAGAUAAAACUAAUGAAAAAGAAAAUGAUGAGGGUGAAGAACCACUAGAUUUGUCAGUUAGCCCGGACAGCAAUACCAGUGAAUCGUAAUGGUAGGUAUAUUUUUGUAUGUCAAGCAUAAUUACCCUUCGCGACGCCAAUGACGGAUAUAUCCGAACCGCAGGUCCAACGCCAAUGACGGAUUAAUCCGUCACAGACUACAGAGCAACAUAGACCUUGUUUUCUUCCUCUUCCUCAGCACAGAAUAAAUAAUAGUACUACUGUACCGAAAAGACACUUCGUACAAAACCGAAGUUUGACAGCGAUUCAGGGACGAAUCAUGCUGUCCCUAUCUAAUGUAUGGCACUAUCCCUUUCGGCUGUUUAGGGUUGUCAAAAUUCAAGUCAUUAUCUGUGGUCGUGCACGCAAAGGGACGUCAAGUUGUGCCAACCCUAAUAAUUGCUCGGAGCAAUGCUGAGCCGAACAAACGAACGGAGCCGAGAAUGCCCGAAAGGAGGCGUGUCGCCCCACUGUCUUCGGCUAGCCGACAUUUCUACAGCAUGGCUAUAUUGGCUAUUGACUUUCUGAAAAGGUGGACCAAAGAGGAUAUAACAAGAUAGAGCGGUACUGUCAUAGUAAAUUUUGUAACCACUGUAAAUUCACUGCCAUCUAUCGACAUACUUUAAAACUAAAAAUGAAGAUUUAUAAAAAUACGUUAAAAUGUAUUUAAAUAUGGAUAAUUGAUUUUUUUAUUUGCAUUAAUUAUUUUUAAGUAUAUGAUUGUGACCCAUGUCCUUUAACGGAUAUGCGUUAAAAUUAUAAAUGACAAACGAAACCGUCAACGCCCUCUAUACGAGAAUAGGCCAAAGCUAGUGGCGCCAUCUGAUCGAGAAUCAAAUUUUCGUGAUUUUCGAGACACGUUUUUUCCUUAGACUGUAUCCAUCUAUUACGGAGUUAUAUCUAUCUUUGGGUGGACUGUGGCCCAUGGGAUACAUAUUAUUGAAAUUCAUAAGACAACCUAAUAUUAUAUUAUGUUUGUAUUUUUAUUAUUAAAUUAAAUUAAAAAUUAAAAUAAUAAUAAUAUGUAAGUAGUUUGAUAUCCACAAAUUGUCAAAAAAAAUGCUACUUGUAAAUUCAGAUUCAUAAAAGAUUUACCAUUUAAAGUAUAAUAAAAAGAAUAUAGUUCAUUUACCAUAUUAUGCAUCACCACUUUUUAUCGGGGACAGUCCUUAGUCCACUGAAAACAUGCAAUAAUAAAUAUUAUGUAUAUAUCUAAAUCAAAAACUUUAUAGGGAGCGUGCGUGAGCUCCAGUUUAUUUUGACAAGUUUAAGUUUUCCAUUUAGCCAGACCUCGAGAGGAAUCUCGAUACUAUUGUUUAUGUAUUCUACAAAAUUCUAGAGGCUGAUAUUGAUUUCACUAUUUUGUAUUCCAAUUAAGUCCUUUAUUCAUAAAUACUUUGUUAAACUAC